AUGAUGACCGUUCUAUCGAUGAUUAUUUGGUGUCUCCUUUUAUCUCUUAUUCCACGUGCUUCCUCAGAUGUUUAUUAUACUGAAGGAAAUAGACUCAUAGAAGAAUAUGAUGAUCAAGCAGCUAAUUUCGGUCCGGCACUUACAGCUGACGGAAUAAAGGGCUAUGUAAUAUUAACUAAUCCAAAAAAUGCUUGCACUAAGGUAGCAGCGGCACCUAAUAUAACGCUUGCUGGUUACCGGUGGAUUGCAUUAAUUCCUCGAACGAAUUCAGUUGAUGUGUGCGAUUUCGAUCUUAAAGUCUUAAAUGCUCAAAAUGCAAAUUUUAGUGCAGUUAUUAUUUACAAUUACGAUGAUUCACUUAUAUCGAUGGGUGCACAUGGACGCAAUAUUCAAAUUCCAUCAACAUUAAUAACCCAUUCCGAUGGAGUAUCAAUUAUUACGAAUUACUUGUACAAUCAAACAGCAUCGAAGUCAUCUUCUCAAUUUUAUAUCAGAUUGACCGGUGAACAGUUAUUCAAUUUUCGUCCUUAUUUAAUACCAUUCCUUUGUAUUAUUGGUAUAUCACUUCUUGGUUUCAUCAGUUUUAUGAUGGUGAAAUGCUAUUUGCAACAUCGUCACACUCGUCGUCAUCGCCUACCGCGAUCAGCUUUGAAACAGUUGAAAGUUAAAAAAUUUGUCAAAGGUGACCGAUGGGAAGUUUGCGCUAUUUGUCUUGAUGAUUAUGAAGAUGGUGCAAAAUUACGCAUAUUACCUUGUGAUCACGCUUAUCACAUGAAAUGUAUCGAUCCUUGGCUAUUGAAUAAUCGACGUCAAUGUCCUGUAUGUAAACGUUAUGUAUUUCCAAAUCAUGACAAUUCAGAUGAAGAAAGUAACGAGCAUACUACAACAGAACGGACACCAUUGAUACAGCCCUCGAAUGAUGAUUCAAUACCUGAACCUUCUCUGACUGGUCAAACAGGUAGAUCUGAAACAUUCACAGCGAGUCAACAAUUAAUAGAUUUAUUUAUAGAACGUCGAAGAACUGGAUUAUUCCGUUCUGGUGCUUCUAAUAACAAUGGUCGUAAUGAUGCUUUUGAUUCCGAGGGAAAUGAUGAUGUCGAAGAUAUUUCUGUACUGCCAAGACAGUCAACAGCCAAUCGAAUAACUACAACCGAUCUUGUAUUCGAUCAAUCGGAAUCAAAUUUUCAACGUCAUUCGCAUCCGCAACUGCCACGCAUUGUUCUACGUCAAUCAAGCACUGACGAACGAAAUAAUAAUAAUAAUACAAACACAACAUUAACAUCCUAUGGAAGUUUUCAUGAAUCUCCAUCAGGAUCGUUUACUACGCCGCGUGCUGCAAAUUUCUUCGUAGGUUCUCUAGGUGGUACUACUGAUAAUACCAAUGUAUCAGCGCGUUCAGUUAUCGAAGAUGUCAGUGAUGUUGAACCAGACGAAGAUGACGAACGAAUGCAUUCAGUGUUGACUGAUGUUGAAAUAAACCAAGCAUAUGUUCCCGAUGAAGAAAAGACGGAUGUACUUCGAACAAAUGUAUAA